GAAGAUAAGCUGUAUUAACGAACGAGAAAUUUCUCGUUUAUUUCAAUUUAUUUAUUAUUGUAAAUUGUACUUGUAAUUAGACGAAAAUGAAGUACUUUUUCAACAGCUGGCGAAUUGUCGUGCGAUGAAAUACAACCACACAUUUUUAGCGGUAAAAUUUAAAAAUGAUAUGAAGAGAUAUUCGCAUGAUGAUCGGAUAAUGGUAUCAUCGGUAAUAUCCACACAUGACGCUGACUUUUUCAACAGUUUGUAUGAUAAUAUUUGCUUAAUAGCUGAUAAAACCUGGGCAUUUGAUAAACAACAUCAUUAUCGUAAAUUAAAUCAACGCUUGUGGGUUCAGAAUUUCAAGUGGAUUGAAAAGUAUUACGAUAAAAGUUCACCACGUCGUGUACGUGACGUAAUUCCUGAUUCUUUGUUGGCACAAUAUGGUAACUAUAAGUAUAAUGAGGCCCGAGAGAGUCUGUAUAAAUCAAGCCAGGAAACAUCUAUAUUUCAUAGUGUAAAUUUACAUUCACCGGAUAAACCAACUGAGCCAUGGAUGCUUGAUGAAGUUGAAAAAUGGUUUGCCCAUUUAACGCUAAAAAGUUCAUUAAACGGGUUAAAGGGUAUCAGCUUCUUCGAUGAAAGCAUCAAGCUAACUACUGAUAAUGAUGAAUAUUACGACAAAUGUUGUCCAUUGCUUUACACAAUCGACAGUGCCACUGAGUUAGAACUACAAAGACGUAUUGCUAAUGACAGUGUUAAAUGCCUGUGGAGGUCAAAAACGACGCCAGCAAAAACACCGUCUAAUCACGAACAAGUAACACAAGGAUACGAUUGUUCACGCGUUAAUCAGCAACACCAGCUGCGUGAUAAUGAUCAUAAAAGACUUACAAGUGAACGAAAAAACGACGAUGAAUCAUUUAGCAAAUGUUUUCAGUGUCCUUCUGGCGUUAAUAAAAAAAAAUUGCCUGAUUAUGAAGAAAAAGACUGUAAAAUAUUCCAGAAAUCGUUACCUUUGUUGAGCCCAGAAGUACCGGAGUUCUUUCCUAAAGAAAUGAUUGUAGGCCCUACACGUCUGGAUGUUCGCUAUGAGUCAUCAGUACCUCUACCUCUCCAUUAUAUUCCAUUAACGUCCUCGUCAGCCACAGAGAGAAAUUAUUAUCAUGAUAAGUUAUUUCCUGUUAUUAGCAGUAGACCACAGUUGCCAAACUUCAACGCGAUUUUUCAAAACCCGGGUAUUCCACUAGUUACAUCGCCUAUAAUGACCCCGCUGAUCAGAUCACCUCACCACUGGAUUCCACGAAUAGCUCCUCCUUUACAAAUUCAAAUUCCUGUCUGUUGUUCAAUAGUUCCACAUCAGAAUAUUGCGUCAUUGCAAUCAAUUUGUCCUAUUAACCAUCACCGGCCGUCACCAAUUCAACUAAACGAUAAAAUAAUACAAUCAUCGCCGUCGGCUAACAAUUUUAAUAAUCAAUCGGCGAUUCCUGUUUAUCAACAGCCUCCUGAGUUGUACCAUCAUGAUUACAAGCGUAAAUCUCACGGCGUUGAUUUUAAUAAUUUGAUACUGCUCACGAAGAGUGCCAUGAAAGUGAGAAGAAACCAGUCAAAAAAUCCACAGCAGAGUUCAAGUUUCAUUUUGGAAUCACGCCAGUCGAAUUUGAAGUCUGAAGACGAUGUACUUCAAUGGCUGAAUAAAGGUUAUCAAAAAAGAGCUAAAGAGUUCAUAAAUAUUAAUUCUCUUGAUACAGAUUUGAAUGAAUUUGCUGGAAAGUUAGACAAUGGUGAUAAUGACAAAUUUGAUAACAACGCUGAUUUGUUGGAACAUGAUAAUAAUGAUGAUGAAUCAGUGAUUAAUAAUGAAACCGAAAGUUUAAAAGUAUGAAAGUGUUUUAUAUUGUUAAGUGUUUUUGUAAAUUAGAAAUAUUUUAUGGUUAAUACUUGUUAAAUAACACUUAAUUGUUCUUCAUUGUUUUUUAACAUUUCUUCUUUAGUCUAAUAAUUGAUUUAAAUGUAUGUUUGCUUUGAAGAAGACACACGUUUUCUCCGAACGUGAGAAAAUUUGAACAUUUUGGCGAACAUAUUAUAUAUUCGAAGCAAAAAGGUAAAUUUUGAUCACUUUAUUAAAAUUUUAGAUAACUUAUUCUAAUUUGACAUUAUUCGACGUAUAAAUUAAAAUCAAAAACUGUUUCUUCUCUUAUUUUGAUUGAGUAAUUUACGAUUCUUACAUACACACUAACAAAUGACAAAUUAUGGGUUAGCUCACGUCAAUAUAAAAUUAUAAGAUCAAUAAAUAAUUGGAACAUGUAAAAAGUCAUUCAAUUAUAAGUUGAAAACUUUUACAAGUACAGUUUCAAAAGUUAGUACCAUCAAGAUAUAAACUUUCUAAAUUGACGGUACGUUUUGUACUUUGAAGAGGAAUAGUUCUUGAAAAUACAGGGUUUGUGCUAACCCAUGAGAGGUGAAGUUGUGAACUACAGAAGACAUAGUUCCAACUAACAAAGUUUUUGAGAAACCAUACUGUUGACUCAUACCGAUCAAUAGAAAGUCUUAAAUCCGUGCUUCAAAAGCUUGAAAAUUAUUUUACAUUUUUACAAUGUAUGUAUGUUAGGUCAUUAUUGAUAAAUCCGAGUGUAAUACUAAUUUUUUUUGCACACGUACUGUAUAGAGUCAUUAUUUUAGAAGUGCUAGCGUGUGCAUCAUUACGUUCCCCUAGCUUUUGCAUAAUUAAUUGAAUCUACCCCGGAAUUCAUGCUUCAGAGGUUUUCCAACUACUAUCCAGUAAUUACGUUUAAAACACUUAGGGGGGCUAUCUGUAUUAAAGACCAAAAUCAAAAACUGCAGGGUUUAUUUGCUUAGCAACUAGUAAUUUCCUAGAAGUGGACUAUUGAUUUUGAAAUUAAGGUAUUUCUGUAAGGUAGGAGCGAACAAAAUAUAGCGUAACCAACCCUGAGAGCUAGCCCUAAAACUUUUCGCUGUCGACAAGCUAUCUGAACUCGGAAGUAUUAGAUAUAUACCA